GCCAUCUGCUGAUGUCUAUGUGGUAUUGGUGAAGAUCUUAUAUUCAUACAUUGCCUGAAAAGUUUAUUUUGUUGUCCACGAAUCGUGCAGAUAUUUCUUUCCAUGGCAUGAUUCUUCUUAUAAGAUCAAGUCAUGGCUCAGGAGGCAAAUGACGACACAGGUUCGACGAUCUCGGUGUCCACUGCAAGCGAUAUUCAUGAUCAGGUAAAGAGAACGUAUGAUCAAACGAACUCGUUCCCUGAACGUUUUUUAUCAUUCACCGUAGCUACAUUCGAAACGAGCUGUCUUCUCGUCUGUUUGGUCGUUUGGGAUUAUUUUUUCUUCCAUUGUCUUUUUAAAACCGGCGUUUUUUGUUACUUCUAGGUCUGGAAUCGUCCGUCAUAUCCGAGGAGAAUUCAUAUGACCAAAUUGGACGGCUACCCGAAGGUACAUGUAUAUAUUUUAUUACCUCGACAAUAACUCAAAAUUGGGCCUAUAGAAAAUGUUAUGAUUUGUCUGGGUUGUGGCGCUUUAAAUAUACUGAAUGUUUUGGUGAAUUUGGUCAUAGAAAUGGCUAGACCUUUGUUUCAUUUUGAUCGCUUACCUCGGCAUACUUGCAUAUCAAUACGUAAAAAGAACAAACCGUCAGGCUUCACAACAGUGAGAUUUUUUUACGUUCUUGCAUAAUUAUUCUCCCAGCAAGCUGUUGUAUACAAAAAUUGAAACCUUUUACAGUUUUCUGGUUGUAGAAGUGCCUUCUACCAUCGAGAGUUCUUUACACGAUCGCUCGUGUUUACCCAAAAUAACUUUGCGUGUUGAGCUCGGUAGACAUUUCAGUGCCCAUAUUCUAUUUGAUAAAAUAGCUCGACUUUCGUUUCUCUGGCGUUUUGGGAGAAAUGAUUCUAAGCUAUAUAUUUAGGUAAUAAUAAAACCUUAAUCGCUGUUAGUUGAUGGCCGUUAGUCCUUCGUAAUCCUACAAACGUAACUUUAUUGCUUCUUAGCUGACUGGCUUUCGGUCAUUUUGCUCAAUUGUAACGAUAAUUCAUUCUUCGAACAUAUGAUCUCAUAAUAAUUAUAAAGACUUUCUGAACAUCUCUGAUACAAGAGCUGUUAAAGAGUAUUUGCAACUCAGAUCUGUUAUGUACGGGAAGGUAUCUGUCUCCACGACAUGUUUAUGUUGACAUUUUUUGAAGAUCUGUCGAAUGACGAAGGUAUCGUGUUACUUCAACUUUCAUUCGACGUGUUCCUUCGAAAGUAAUUGUCAUCUACACAUACGUAUACAACGAUAGCCUGUUUAAAGAAAGGGUUUUUUUCCCAUAAGCUACACGUAUAUGUAUGUAUCCUCACAAGUUGAUGAGCUAACAGAGUUUUCUUUAAAAAUCGAGUGAAUGCUAAAUGUUAAAUUGUAGCAACACAAAAGAGGCUAUCUUUUUGAAAUGAAUGACUCUGAUUUUAUGCAAGGAGUGAUAUCAGCAAUUUUUGGGUUACCAGGAUUUCAGGUAGUGUUGCAUGUGAUCAAAUGAUAAUUGCUUAGCCAUGUGAUUUCUUUUUAACAAUUUAACAAUUUUUGAUCUGGAAUAAGAAGUGAGAAUAGUUGUGUUUUCAAGAUUUGAAAUUCAGUUGUUGCUAGCGAGUACUAAGUUACUUUCAGAGUAUUCAAAUUUUAGUGGGCUUUUGAAGAGGGAUAGUUUGACAUGAAGUGAUCGGAGUAUUGGUUCAUGAUAGAUAUUGGAGAUCAAUCAAACACAUUUAAAUUUUGGAAAAUGUGAAAAUGCAAUUGUAUUCUUGUCAAGGAAGGCUCCUACAGUCACAGUGGAUAGAAUUUGAAAAAAAAAAAAAAAAACUAAUUUUGGAAAAGGUGCAGAACCACCUUAAUGUUUUCAUUUUAUUUUUACUGGUUAAGUCCCAGAACUUUUCUUGAUGAGGGAGACUUGACUGAUGCACUGUUUGUUGUUAUGGAAGAAAUUGAUAAAUAUAAUUUCCAAAAUUUUAUAGGAUUUUAUUUCAAGUUACGCCCCUGGAUCUAUGGUUCAUGGCUAAGACCCUUCAAUAAUUUACACUCUAACAUUAGUAUACAUAUUCUCCAUACUGUUCUCUGUACAUUUCCUAAGGUCCUGAUAAGGAGAAUUUGUUUAACAAUCAAGAGCUUCUUUAAAACCAAGAACUUCUUCAAGAUGAAAAAACAUCUUUCUUUAUUUUUUUACAGAGCUCAAAACUUACUAUCUCUCUCUUACUCUCUUUACUAAGCAUGGUGCUAUGGACAUUGAUUUGUCAUGGAGUCUCAGAAUUUUUUCCUUGUCCCAUGCUUGUGACAAGACAGAAAACAUCUUUUUCUAAGAACUGCUUUAAUUAGUAAUCACUCUUGUGGCCUUAUUGUGUGAUUCAUGGGUGAUAUUGUCAGGAGAAAUUAGAUGCUAAUCACUCUCAGAGGUCAAAGGGUUACCUGUCACAGCACCUCUGUUAUAUGUCUGAAAAGGUAUCCGCAAAAUGAUGGGAAAAACUGUCAAAUUGGUAGGGUGUAGCCUCGGGGUGUAAUGGCAUCCUGUCCAGGGGGAAGAUGGGUUGGGUUACAAUACUCUAAGCUACUGUAGUGGAACUGAGAAUGAGCUUUCUGGCUUUUAAGCUGAAGUUGUCUCUACAUGGGAAAAAAGUGAUUUUGUACAUACAUUUUGAACAUUAUAUUAUGACAUUUUUGAUCUGCUAGAGCAAAAUAAUUCCUUCUUCUCAAAGGAGUAACAGAAUUUCAUAUAAAGCCAGAGGAGAUUUUCUGUAAUUUCUUGUUCUUUAAAAGUGCAUUUUACACAGGUGAAGUUUUCUCAAAUCUUUUAAGACAAGGUUGCAGUGAAACUUAAUUUUGACUCAAGUUAAAGCUUGUUGGCAACAUUUGUAUCUGUGGUGAACCAGUAAUUGAACAGACAUACAUGGACAUGUACAGAAAUAGAAAUGGCUGUCUCAGUCUUUUUAUAUGUUAGAUCAGUUUGUUAUAGGAUAAACCUGAAAUGAUAGAGGCUUUAAGAAUAAAUUAGUCAUGUUGUGAGUCAGGAAAACACAUGUGAAAGCAUGUACAUGGAUCCAAACUGUCCUGAAUUGAAUGGCAAAUACAUGUAGAAAAUGUGGGAAUUUUUUAAUGUUGUUGUAAACUGAUACUUGGGACAUGAGCAUGUUUGAUCAAUGACCUGAUAAUUAGACUAAUGAGCAGUUUAUUUCUGAAGGAUGCUUCAAGGUAUUUGUCUGGUGUUCUGUUAGGAAGUUAGGAGCACGUCCUCAGAGAAAAUUAGGCAAAUCCUGGUAUCAAAAUGUUUCGUUUCUCCAAGAAGAAGAAGGUGAAAUUUUUAUAUAGAUUCUAUUACAUAGUUUGACUCUCAAAGUCAUGGUUGGAUGGAACUUUUAGUUAUCAGUUAUGUUGUAAUAUUUUGACCUAUUAGUAGGAUUUUGUGAACAUUUCUCACUUUUGGAGAAGCAUUUCAAAUAUACUGAUUGUAAUGAUAGAAUGUUACAUCUGGACAUGGUUACCAAUUUGGACUUUUAUCCAUGACUGCUGAAAAGACAUGUCUGGUGAAGUUUAUUUUGUGCAGUAUGUCUGUUUGAUGUAAUGUUUGAAGUAUGCACCAUUUUGGCCUGAAUUUUGAGAUUUAUGAAGCAAUUUUGGCCUUAAAAUGAUUUACAGUAUGUGUUAGUGCCAUUAAUGUCUGCAUUAUUAGUUAUACAGGAUGUUGUAAUUCUCUACUUGGAUGUAAAAGUCCCUUACUCAGGAAAACAUUUUCAUGAAUGUGGAUCACUCCUCCUAAUCUGCAAAAUCUGUUUCUUAUUUUACCUCCAAAGGCUGUUUAAAGUACUCUUUGUAGUGUGCAUCUGUUUGACUAACCUGGUUUACUGUCUUAAGAUGGUAAAAAUGUUCUACUCUAGACUUCACUUCUGUUGUUUUUCAGCUUCAUAUCUCAGGAAUUUUAUGACACAUCUCUUUGUUAAACUCCAUCUUUAUCUUUGUAGUCAAGGCUGAUAAGUGAAAAACAAUUGAAUCUAAAGUAAUCCUCAUUGUUCACAUUGUGGGAUACUGUUCUCUCUUGCUGAUGAAGAAGCUUCUGGAGUGUUGUGUCUCAACUUCCCUCCCAUUUAGAAAGUUCUAGUUUGUAAAACAUCUCUUUAAAAAGUAUUUGGCAUGUACUGUGGUUCAUUACUUGUUUAUGAAAGAAAUUGCUGUGAACAUGUGUGGCCAUUUUCAGUGUGAGAGGGAGCAUAGCCACUGGUAAACUUUUACUGCAGAGGUCUGUUUUUUAUUCCUACAUCUAAAGUGAUGUCUAGGAACAUGUUAUCAGUACCAAAAAUUGUAAGUGAGUUCUUUAUACUUUGGUUUCUUUCAACUUGUAUUUAAGAACUUCUGGCUAUGAUCCUGAAAAGAAUGAAUUCAGAGUUGCAAUUCAAUCACUUGCCUCUUCUCCAAUACUACUACAGUACACAUCUAUUAGUAAUUGUUCAGUGACAUUUAAGUACACUAAGCUUUUUCUUAUCUGGUAGCAGUGCUUGCAAGUUUUAACACUGAAAUUGCAUUAUGUUAUGCUUAUGCAGUAAAUGGACACAACUGUAUCAAAAACAGACAAUACCUUGUUGGCUGAAAUAUAUUGUCAUCUUGCAACAUUGACAAUGAAUUUCUUAAGUGCUAGGCAGUGUGGAUGGCUUAAGUGCUGGUAAAUUUUUGAAAAUUUGUUUGGUCUUCAGAAUUUGAGAAAUAGAGAGCUUCUUUCCUUCUGUUCUGUAGUGUGCUCUGUUGUAGUGGAAAUCUAAUUUGGUAACCAUUGCUGAAAUCAAGUGCACAUUAUGUCGUGUGAAGUCUAAUGAAAAUGUAUUGUACAUGUAGCGUAUUUUGUUACAUUAUAUCUACCAGAGAAAUCUUAAUGCAAGAGGAAUAUGAAUCUGCCAUUAGAAGAGAAACAAAAUUAUUCAUUCUUAAAGGGAAUCUUGGAGAGGGGCUGUGUAUAAAUCUGCCUCAAAAUGUACAUGCUCAAGAAAGCAUUGUGGUUUUGUGAUUCUUUUGGAGUCUGUCUGUUCUCUUGCCUAAAUUUGGAUGUGUGGCAAAGUAAUAAUAGUUUCUUUGGGCUCUGAACCAUUAUGCACUACAACCUUAUAUAUUGUUAGUAUUUUUUUCCUUUUGAAAGGCAAGCAAAAACAUCAGUCACAAUAUUUUGACUAAAGACUGCUAUUUUUUCCUUAAUUUGCAAAGAAUCUUCUAGAAUGGCAUGCAUCAAUUCAUCCACAUUCUGGAAAUUUGGAAUACAUGUCUGAAUUACGCAGUUACUUAGUUAAUUAGAAACUUGAUGGUGUGUUAUGUGCAUUCAAUUUUUCUUGUGGGCUAGAGCUGGACACCUAAACAACAACUUUAUUUUGAUCAGAAAGAUGCAGAAAUUUUUGUAAAAUUAAUCAUAUCUUGGAGAAAACAACUGUGGUGUGAUUAUAGCACCUGCACCAUUUAUCCUCAUUUGAACAAGUUUAACACCUGGAAGUGAUCAACUUGUAAUUUUUUUUUAACAGUUUUGAUACAUUGGUCUCAUCAGCUUGAGGGUGUUAUCUCGAUCUGUUACCAAAUUCCCUCAUCAAAGUUAAAGGAAAUGUAGAGUACUGUGUAUGUCUCCACAAAGGAGAAUUGCAGCACUGAUCAGAUCUUCAGCGUUACAGGGUUAAAGCACAUAGCAAGAUCAUCUGUGAAGCAUUGAAAUUAAAUGAUAACAAUUUGAAAUUUUUGCUGGUGACUAGCAUCUACUUUCUCCUUACAAUAUCAUCCUUGAAUCACAUUCAAAGGUCACAAGAAUAAAUGAAAUGAUCACCCAACUAAAGAAGUUCUAGAUUGUUAAGCAAACUCUCCUUGUCAGCCCCUUAAGAAAUGUGUUGAGAACAGUUUGGAGAAUAUAAAAGUACGCACUGCUGUUGGGGUGUCACGGAUCAUGAUGGGAAAUUUUGCGAAUAAGCAUAUGUUAAGUUUUGGAGAGAAGUUUAACUUUUAAAUUUUUUUUUUUUUGGUUGCUUUUCUUAUUUUUUAAAAUUUUGCUCAUUGUUUCUCGUAAUAUGUAUUUACGCAGUCACUGUUUAUUUUUGUUUUCAUGGCAACUUAAUUUGCAUUUACAUUUUCCUAAGCCCCUUGUUGUCAUUUUUAUGUAACGCACAUCAGUUAUAUUAUCCAUACAAAUGCUGCUUAUGCCUUAGGGCGUGUCCUUUGAAUUAAAAGCAGAGUCGAUAGAAUUAGAAAGUGCGAUGAAAAAGGAACUUUUAAAUACAGAAUCUAUUCCUCGUUUUGAAGUUGAACAUGUUGAAGAGUUGUCUGCGAUUCUUUUCAUCUUGUUUGGUUAUCAAAAUUUAUUUCACUUUAGAACUAAGACUAUUUCAUAUUUUUUUAUGGGUUAGAGAGAUCAGAGCUUAAAAGCCAGGGAUGGAAAAAUUGUCUGAGUCUUUGAAUGUGAUGCUUCAGUGUAAUACAUAGUUUAUAUUCUCAUGACCUAAAUUUUACAGAGCGGGUGAAUUUAUUUUGGUUUUAUGCGAUAUACAUGUACAUGUAGUACAUAUACAAAAGAAUAUAAAGAUCACAGCUACAUUGCAGCAACCACUGCCAGUCUGUCAAUUACAUUACAGUUCUGCUGGUUUGUUUAGCAAUGUUUCUAAUUGGUCAGUGAAAGAAAAUAUUGUGUUGUAGUCCAGUUUUGUUGUGGUUACAGAAAGCAAAAAUACAAAAUGGAGAUCUCAUUAAUUGUGUUCAAAAUUACCAUGAGUGAAUGUUGACACAAAAUUCUGCAUGUAUUACAGAGUUGAAUUACACAAAUUUUUACAUGUAUUACAGAGUUGAAUUACUGGUACAGAAAUUUGUAUAUGUGUUACUGAGUUGAAUUUUCAGAUUUAGGAUUUGAAUCUAGGCAAAAUAUUUACUCUUGUGUGUGCAUUCAAGAAGCAUUUUUCUUAGUUUAAUGACUGUUUUUGAAUUGCUUUUUUUGAACAAUUUUUUCUGAGGGGAAGUUGAUAUUUUUUGUGUUGAAUACAAUAUUGAUUUUUCAUCAUGACAACAUGGUAAACAGAAGCCAUUCUAAGUUUAAAUAAUAAUUACAAAAAUGGUUUUAAUUCUUGUGCAAUGUCAUUUCAAGGGUGUGUUUUUUUGUUGAAAAUAAAUGGUGAAUUUUGCUUUUGUGCUCUGAGGCUGUGUGUGUGUUUGUGUGUGAAGAAAAAUAGAAUGUCUGUUCCAUGUAUUGGAGAAAUAAAAAACUCAGUUAAUGUUGCCAUGAAUGUUUGAUGUGUGUUGUAUAGCAGGUGGUCAGUUAAAUAUUCAAUUCUUGCAUAAUUAGUUCUCUAAUAUCAGUAUAAUGUCAUGUUAGUGUGACUAUCACUAGUGCAUAUCUGUACACUGUUUUAAAGCUUUUAAAUUAUCAGCCUGUCUCUGAAAAAUUGAAGCUGAGUUCUGCUGUCAUUAAUGGUCACAUCAUGUAAGCAUUCCUUCUUAACUGCUACUUGAAAGCAAGACAUGGUUGUCAGCAUGAAUUUUUAAUAACACUUUUCUGGUGGCUCGUGGCUGUUUAAACCUCAUAUUAGAUAAUUGAAGCUUUCCUUUUCUUUGCUCUUGCUUUCAUGAUUUUUCUCUGUUAUGAAAGUAUGUUCUUUUCUGGGUGACGUAGUUGAGUAUUACUGCCUGUGAAGUUAUGAGUUGAGAGUGAAAUGAUGGUAAAUUAGAACUUGCUGAGCAGAAAUGACUCUGAUAGCAGCACAGCCAAUCAAGCGAGCCGAAAGAUAUGUUAAUACAAACAAAAUUUGUAAACUAUGUGCGUAUAAAUGCAGCUGUAACUGGCCACAUGAAUUGAUAUGCAGAAUGUUGCUAAACAGCAGAAUGUUUUUACUGCUUUAAAUUCACUUUUCCAUCUGAGAUAUUUCACCAUAAAGGGCCACUAAGCUGCUGAGAGAAUUUUUUUUUAGCACACAGCCGGUGGAGUGUGUAUUUUUCAGUCUGGAAAAAUUCUGCUUUGAAGGAGUUUCAACAUUACCUUUGCAAAAUUGAUUUGAGAAUACAUUUUACUUGCACUCGAGGGGAAGAAGUGACAUUCUCUGACAUAAGCCUUGUUCUUUUGCUGCAUUUUCAUUCUUUGUUCUCUACUAAUCAUGGUAAGUUCUUUGUGUUCAGUUUGUUUGACGCAUGUAUUUAAGACUCGAGCGACAAUCAUUGCAUCCUUUUAUUGUUGCUAAUUCUCAAGAAUUUUGUGUGUUUCAACUGACGCUAAUUCCUAGCCAGUCUACUCUUAAUAAUGGCCCAAUCAUUGUUUUUCUGUGGAAUUUUAAAGUAAAGUUGUGAUGGAAUUGUGAAAAAUAAUUUAUCAGAGAAUAUGUUAAUGUUAAACAACUUAGCUCUGAUGGUUUUUUUUUUUUUCCCUUCAAUGUUUUGAACAAUUACAACCAAAGGAAGGCAAAUUAGCAUAUUCUAACAGUUGUGUAAUUGUUUGUUAUUAUAAGGGUGUUCAGAUACCUGUUUGUGUGUUUUAUAUUAUCUGUGCCUAUAAACAGAAUAUUCCAAUAAGAAACCAUUACUAAAAGCAUAUCCCCAAGAUUUUGAUGAUGUUAUUUUGCAUUUGAAACAUUCCUUGUGAGGAAAUAUUUCAUAACAGAUGGAAGAUUCUAGGAACGUACUGUACUGUUAGUGAAGUCAGUGUCCAUAGAUAUGCAGAUUACCCUAAGCAUUACAUGCAAGGUAUUCUACAGGACUGUGCAUAAAUUUGUGAAAUGUUACAUAAGAAGCCAAAUUUAUAACUUUUGCAGUCUGAAAAUAUGUUAAUACAAUUUAUAUUUGCAAACUUUCUGUUUCACUCUAUAUUAUUAACUGUUUUAAUUAGUUUAACGGUGGUUUUAUCCUCAGGGUGUGAAAAUGAAAUAAUCACCUCUGUCAGUACCUAAGAUUUUGGAUUCGAUUAAUACAUCAGUAAAUUUUAUUUAAACAGUUUUAAGCUUGUAAUGCAUAUGUAGAACAUAAAUACAAAAAUUCAGUUUUCAUGGCCUAGAUUCUGUGAAUUCUGAUGUAGUUUCCUGUGCAGUGAGUCCAUAAGUCAGUUACUGCUGUGGUUCUCGGAGACCCUGAAAUUAGUUUGGUGAUAAAUGCUUUCCAUUGUAUUUUUGUUAGGUCCAAGCAGUUUUUUUACAAGGGCUAAUGUUCUGUUCUUGAUUUCACUAACUCUGUAUCAAGGUUUUAUUUCUAACAUGUACUUGUGACUGUUGAUUUUUUUUUUUCUUACUGUUACUGUGAGGCCUGCACCUAUUUCAGACAGUCAUACCUGUGCACUGUAUAUAGCUUGAUAACCAUCCAAAGCUACAUGUAACCUACUUAGCAAUACGUCACACCUCUCAGCUAAUUCAAGCUUGUUGCCAAGAAAACAGUCCACUGUUUAGAUUAGAACUGAGCUUUCUUAAAGAGAGAUCUGUAAACAAAAUGUCCUACCAAAUCUUUGGCAACCUCUAGACAAUGAGACUAUUGUGCUUUGGCUUAACAAGAUGGUGAAGACAGAACAUGGCAAACAAUUUCUUUAUUAAAACAAGAUUUUAUUUUAAUUCGCACCAAUACUUGUGGUUAAGAGUUUAUUCAAACAUUUUCCUCAAGAAGAUAUGUUUCUAUAUCAAAUGAUUGUGCUUGCAUCACUAAAAACUGUCUUCUGUAAGUUUUCUGUGCUGGAGUAGUAUCCCCUCCAAAGAAAAUUGGAAUUCUUCAGUACCUGUUAGUACCUGCUAGUUUUCAUGCCUCUGGUGCUGGCAAGAAAUACUCAAUUUGAACAGCUUGGCUUGGGUGAAAAACUCUAGGUCAACAUUGUAACUGUCAUUGUAAAGGCUAAACUUAGCUUAUUAGCCAUGAGGCAUAUCUUGGUGAAGCUUAUCCGAGUUCCUGUUGAUGGAGAAAACGAAAAGUGUGGAACUUUCCCCUUGUCACUCCCUUGAACAGGUGCCAAUCUCUUUCAAGGUUUUAUCAUGUACAGGGUUCCCUCUUUCUUUUAUGUGCAGGGUUCCCAUACAUGAAUAUCUUGUACAGGGUUCUCAUUUCUAAAUUGUUCUUUGUACAAGGUUCCCAUCUUUGUAUAAAUAAUUAGGUUUCACGUACUGUUUUCCCACAGCCAUUGAAAUGCAUUACAACCAAAGAUUGCAAGUAUCCGCUUAAAACAUUACUGAAUACAUUUGAUUUGAAAACUUCUUAAACUGUAUUUAGAAGCAGAGGUGAACAUUGAGAGAAUAUUUUAUUCAGUGGAAGACAAAGGCAAACUUAAAGAAAAAGAACACCAAGUGCUCUCAAUAAGGUUUAACCUUCUACCCUCUGAUUAGUGCUUUAGGUGCUCACCAUUGAACUACGGAAGGCUAGUGGUAGGCUGUAGGUUGUUGAACAAGGUCCAUGGUGAAAACUUUCUUCAUACUGCUAGGAUAGGAAUGUUGAUAUGUGAUACUUUUGUGCAGUGUAUGAUGAUGCAAAUGAAAGGUGAACAUUAUGCAGAUGCAAAACUUACAAAGACAUAUCUUUACACUUGUGCUGUUGAGGGGUUUAGGCAUACAUUGUUUUUAUAUUUUAUGUAGGUGAACUCAGAAGGCAAAUAACACACAUCCUUCACUCAAAUGAUCUUAUUUUGUUAGUCAUUCUUUUAUGGUGCUUGGGACCAGGGCCUAGGUUUUCACAGUGUAGAUAACAACAGCUGAUCAGUGCUAACAAAACAUACUGAAUUUUGUUAUUUGCUGGAUAGAGAUUUAUCCAGUAGAUAGCUUUAUCCAUCCUUUAAAAACUAGGGAUAAGCAUAUUUUGCAUGUACUUGGGUGCUGUUAAUGGAAAAUCUAAGCACAGACUCCAUGCAGUUAUCAAGAUUUGCCUUGCUUGUAAACGUUAUCCUGAUAACAUAAUGUUUUCACAGGCUGUUCAAUUCAUAUUUGUAGCCUUUAUGCGAAAAACUUGCAUUUGUGAGUGCUUGUUGCCUUGAGGGCAAUUUAAGGGGGACAUCUAGGUUUGCAGUAUUGCUGAAUUGGACAUUUUUCUUGUGGUAUUUUCAGAAUUGUGGGAUGGGGUUGUUAAGCAUUUUGGAUGGGAUUAAAGAUUGUACUCCUAUUACUCCACCAUUCUGGGCCUCCUCCGGUUUGUGAUUGUUUCAGAAACAGGCCGAAACUGAAAAUAGCCCUAGGCAAUGUUCCAUAACAAAUGCUUAAUAAUUGUUAUUUCCAUGCUAUUUGCUCAAAUUGUAACUUAGAAAGUUACUGUAGUGGAUUCGGCAUGAAUUUUUUCUUGUUAUUAAAGUAUUGCUGUAUUUGACAAUUUUCCUUUUGUGAUUUUCCAGAAUUUGCUGAAUAUUUUUACAGUGUUCAGAACCCCCCAAUAUUCCCCUCCAAUUUGUGACUGAAUGUAACAAAACUUGAUCUUAAAACUUAUGAGCUUAGGUUAAUGUUUUCCCAAUUGAUAAGUAUUCAUUUUCUCUUUGUCCAGUCCUGAGAGUGUGGUGUUUUGUCAAAGCAAUAUGCAUACAUGCAUGAAUGUGUUUUUUAUUUCUCAUACUUAAUAACAAUGCAGCAGAAUGAUAAGGAUACAGCAUGUCAUGUCAUACAUGCAAAGUCGUCAAAAAGGAUAUUUUAUUCUAAUAAAAAUUGCUUUUGAACUGAGUGCAUUUCAUCCAGAACUGUUUUAGAAGUAGAGUACUGUCAAGUGACAAAAGAAUUUUGUCCAUGUUUGAAUAGGGAAAACAUAUAGAACGAGGUGUGGAGAUUUAGGGGGAAGUUGUUAUUGUGCCGAUGAAGCUGGAUAAUUCUAUGAUCUCUGGUGGCUUAUUGAUGCCGUGGGCUGUCAAAUGACCUCCUUUGAAAAGAGACAAAACAUUUGCUAAGGAUUCUGAUGUCAGGAAGAAUGUGUUAUGUAGUUCAAUGGCUGUAAUUGGUUGCUUGGGCCAAAACCAAAGACUCGAUGUUAUCGGGCUUUUCUCUUGAUCUCUGAAAGUGUUUGUCAACGAUAAAUGGCCCACUAGUGUUUUACAGAUUACGUUUGUUUAUUAAUGGACUAAAGUGUAAGAUUUGACAUUGUUACAAUUCCUAGUAGAGGACUUUGAAGUUAUGUUGCAAAAAAAUUUUUAAGAGACUCUGAAAGCCAGUCAGGUAAAAUAUUCAUUACAUUAUUUGGUUUUUUAAAGCCUGGUUGUGUAUGCUGGUAUGAGAGUCUGUGUUGAUUAUAUAAAAAAUUUAACAAAAAUAAAAAAACUGGUCAUGUUUCUUGCGUAGUGUUUCACAAAGUUUGCUAAGUCUUUAAGUGAUGGUUUUCAUAAUAAGAUAUUGCUUGAGAGUCUUUACUCAGAAGAUGUAGAAUAUUUGUAAAUGAAGUCAUUUUGUUUAUCAGAACAAAGUGUUUACAUGUAAAAUAUACUUGAAGUUGCAUCCAUGUACAGGGUACAGUUUUAAUUUCUCGUAGUCCAUCAUUAUGGUUGCAGUAAAAACCAGAAAUGCUGAUAGUUUCUGGGUGAAAGGCUAUGGCUCUGUUAUAAUUUUGUAUACUUCCCCAUGCACAUGAAACAUUGAACAGUUUUAUAUUAUUUCCAGACAAGCCUUAAAUUACAAUUCAGAAAGCUGGAAGCUGAUCAAUUAUUUAUACCUCAGAUAUGCUGGGGCGAUUAAAAGACUUUUAACGGGGAUUUUUUUACUGGACUCUUGUUAAAUAACAAACUAAUAAGCAGAUAUAAACACUUCUUCAAAACCAUGAUAUGUUUCUUUGCGAAAAUUGCCUUAACAGAAUCUUUUUACAGGCCUGGAAAAUUUUGGUGAAUAUUACAUGAAUGAUAUGACUCACAUCUGUUAAUUAAGGCAUAUGUUUUUGUUUUUCCUACUGUGUCUUGUGAUUUGCCAAAAUGAUUUGACAUAGGUCUAGAUUCUUGGGCUAAAAUUGUGAAAUACUUACUGUUCUGUUGUUUUUCUGAGCUGUGAGAAGAACAAAAUACGGUUUGUGUGAUUGAAUCACCUCUUCAUCACUGAAAUUUUUUAAACAAAUUUCAUUUAAAUUAGAAUCAUUGGUCAAAUUUACUACGCAUAUUGUGAAUUGUGAUCAUAUUUGCAUAAAACUGCACUCAAGCAGCAGUUGACAACUCACAAAACGGACCUGUGGACUCGAUGAUGAAUGUUUGGCUUGAAAGACGACAGCAGCACCACGGUUGGUGUCUCUUGUAAAGGAGAAGGCUUAUACAAUCUUUAUUGUCUUGGUUGUGCUUCAAAUCUUUCUUCUGAAGCCAGCAUGUUACUUCACGACUGGGUGAGUGACACAAUGAAAGAGUUUGCUAAAAAAAAUUCAUGUCAUGUCAGGGAGUUAUGAAUUUCAAGCCCAAUUGGUUUUUAUUCUAUUCUCUGGUAGACGUAUUUAAAAGAGUAUUUUGUCACAAAUGAGUGAAUUUAAAAGGGACUUUAUGAUCAUAACUGCUUUUGAUUUUAAACUAUCAUGAUCACAUCCAUACAAAUGUGAAUAUAUGCUUUUUUUCUGACGUGUAAAACAGGGUAUGUUUUUCACUGGUAUUGCAUUAGGUUCAUAGUGAAAGAAUGUGGUCUGUUGAAUUCCAUUUGGGUAACAUUCAAACACCUAAUGAAUAUUGAUAUUUUUUGGGAGUUGUUUCAAGCUUUGAAAACUGUGAAUACUAAUCCUGGGUUAAGAUGUUGUGUAAACCAAGAAAGAUGUGUAGAAAUAUUUGAAUUUUUUCCUUUUUUAAAAAAUUUGAUUUGAAGCAUCAUGCAUGUGGAAGCAGUGAAAUUAUUGUAUGUAUCUGAUAUGAAAAUUUAAAUAUCGUAUGUAUAAAGUUAAGCAGAUUAUAUUUAAGUAAAAUUUGUGUAUCAUCAUCUGAUUUGUCUCAAAAUAUGGCAGCAACAUUAUUUUUUUUGAUUAUAUGGUUGAGAAUAAAACAUGUCGAGAUUUUUUCUCAUUAAUUAUGGUUUAGUCAUGGAAAACCUGCUAUAAUUAUUAUAACUAGUAUUGUUAUAUGUUGGUCAUAGUUUGAAAGAAAUGUUUUUCUUUGGAAUUUGUAUAAGGACUGCAUAAUAUUCAAACAUGCUUAAUUUUUACUCCUCCGAUAACCUAUUAGCGAUUCUGACCUGAGCUUGGAAUCUUUGAUUAUGUGUUUGACUAACAUUUUAUUGCUUUUAAAAAGUAACAAAAUUCAGAGUUAACCAAGAAUUCUUUAAAAUCCAUUUAAUUGGGUAUCAAUCUUACUUUGCAGUGAUAGGGAAAUGACUGUUUGUAAUAAAUAUAAUGUUGGCCAGUCUUUGUGUUCAAACUCUCAUUUCUUUGUUUUUUGAUUGGUGCACUUAAAGGAGCCCUGUUGUGCUCAGUUAACCCUUUAAUUCCCAGAUCAAAUGUGCAAUUCUCCUUACUGUCAACCAUACAAUUCUUAUGAUGUUAGUUCAGAGAAUUUAGUUUUAGAUCAACUGAUUAUCCCCAAAUUGAUAUUUUUCUUCUCAACACUUAUCUGGUUUAUAUUGUAUUGAUAUGAUAAGGAGAAAUUAAAGAGUUUAUUGAUUUCAAUCUUUUCAAGUUCAUCAUUUGAAAUAUUUAUCAACCCUUUAACUCCCAAGAUCCAAUUGUUGAUUCUCCCCUCUAGUUGCUACACAUUCUUGUGUAAAUCAGUUAUGAGAGUUUGGCAUUAGAUCAAGAUCAACUUUCAGAUGAUGAGUUUGAGUAUUCUCAUAACCUGUGUGCUGGACAGGUAUGAAUAUUGUAGGGAAAAGUUACAUGAAGAUCUCCAUUUUGGCAAUGGAGAGUUCAGGGACAAUUCUCUCAGUCAUGGAACCUAUGCCUUCGAAAGCAUUUAGCAGAAUAUUCAUGUCACACUGUAGGGCUUGGAGCUGAGAGGAGCAUGUGUAUAUGUUUUUUUCCCCCAACUCAGUACCACAGUUUCUUCAGAAACUAACCCCUUUAUCUAUUUUUCAGGAUGUUGAUAAUAGAGAGUAUCGAACAUCUGAUACCAGCAGCAUAGAGGAGGAGAGGGAGAUUUCACGGCGGGACCUACAGAGGAGGGCUUUGGAAGCCCUAGAGGCAGCCCGAGUAAGAACCAGUUACAAUUUUCAGUGUUGCAGAACUAGGAACAUUGCGUUGAAUAGCAGCCUUGCCUUAAUGGAAGUAGGCUGCUGGGGGUUUGGAAGGAGCUUCCACUUUGUCUAGCUACCGCCACCCACUCCUUCUUCAAGAUGAAAUACCACCCCCAUGGCUAGCAAAUCCUAAACCCCACCAUGAGCCAAAAAACAACUGCCCCAGACAACCAAGGGCUUAUAGGCAACUGAUUUUAAAACAUAUGUGUUUAGAUUCCACCACAGCUCACAUACUUUUGAGCCUGCACUUGCCAAGGGGAAUUGGCCAUUAACUUGGCGUAACUUUGUUUUCUUUAGUUACGAUAGGUCCACACUUUAGAGUUUGAAAAUUAUUUAAAAAUACAUUUUUUCUUUUCAGUCCAAACAAGUUGCAUUUGCUGUGCGAACUAACAUUCCCUAUGAUGGAAGUGCUGACGAUGAUUCGCCAGUACACGGAGCGGCAGUCUCAUUUGAAGCAAAAGACUUUCUUCAUGUUAAGGAGGUAGGGGUUUCUAGGAGAUCAAGUAGUGCUUGUAGCAUAUACGAUACAGUGUCAUUGUUCUAUUUUCCAGAAUGAAAUUGUUUCCUUAUAAAAUUCCUCAGCCGGCUCAUAAUUCAAUUCUCAGUUACUAAAAUCGAAACUCGAGCCUCGGUAUUCGACCCCUGAUUCGCGAAGCUUCCAAGAAUUCUCAAACUACUGCACCAAUUUCUUAGCAGAGCUGUGUUUUUUAUUUAAACCCUAUGUAACUGUAACCUUAACUUUUGUUACUUUACACAUUUCUCCUGCUGAAACAGACUCGAUAAAAGAAUUCUACGUAGAUAUAUGAACACUGUGUGAAUUGAAAUAAGAGAUGUAAGCUGUUGUGUCGUUGUAUUUGCAGAAAUUUAACAAUGACUGGUGGAUCGGGAGAGUGGUUAAAGAGGGCUGUGAUAUUGGCUUCAUUCCUAGGUAAAUAAAACAACCUCACCAAUAUAUUUCCUUACAAAUGGUUAACUUGUAUUAAGUGGUAUAAUAACGUGUUAUUUACCGCGCCCAAGGUCAAGAUGGCUCUUAAGCAUAGAAAACUCAAAGUUUAGCUUUGGAACUCUUAAAGGUGGCCAAUUUACGUGAUCAACUCAGUUGAUAACACCAAAUUACCUUGUUACAUGGCUAAAUAUCGGUUACGGUAUUCUACCGUACACAAGCUGUUGUGGGAUUUCUGUGUAGUCUUACUUCUGUUGAGAUUUACGGUCAUGCAAAGUUUUUCGGGUUUGAAGUCCUAUUCAGUUUGAUUUAUAUGCUGAUGAUCUUACUGCAUACUUCCUUUGCAGUCCAAGCAAGUUAAAUUCUCUCCAGCAGUUGGGUUUGAGUGGUUCUGGAGGAAGUCGAAGUAAAACGGGUCAGAGGUAAGGACAGUGUUUGUUUGACUGACUCUUUAACCCCCAAGAGUGAUAAGCAUCUAAUUUCUCCUUACAAUAUCACCACUGAAUCACACAUCGGUGUCAUGAGAAUAAAGGAAAUGAUCACCAACCAAAGAAACUCUUCAUUGUUAGACAAAUUCUCCUUGUCAGCUCCUCGGUAAAUGUACAGAGAACAAUAUGGAGAAGAUGAAUACCGAUGUUAGUUAACACCCGUUUUAGUGGGUGGAAAGUGUUUUAGGAUUCCUUUUCUCUUUUGAUCCUGAGACAGACUAGUGUCUCAAGAGAAUUUAUUCUCUUGAUGUUAUGCUUAAAGGGGUAUGUUUUGUAACUGAUGGCUUUUUUUUUUGUUUGCUUCUUUGCAUCUCUGUAGUAGGUCUGGUAGCGUUUUCCAGUUUGAAGGAAUGAUGAAUCAAGCCCAGUCUCCAACAAAUACUUCGCCGUCAAGGCAAUCAUCCACGUCGGGGCAGAGUAAGUUUUUGCUGUCUUUUCUUUUUGUGACACAUUUUGAUUGGUUCCUACUAAUAAUCUAUUGGAGGGCAGAAGCCUAGAUGACAUCGUCACGCCAUGUUGCCUUGCGUCUGUUUAGGAAGAGAUCUUAGAAUACUUACAAAUGUGAUGAGAAGAUCAGCGACAUACUCGGUUCCGUCGCGUGUACCACUUGUUUUCCUAUCACAGAUGACGUCAAAUUGACGUCAUCUGUGAUCUCUUACUUAACAGAUGAACGGCAAAAUGCAAUCUGAUUUUUUUUUUACUUCUGGUGACAGUUGAUAAUGAAAAUGGUCUGGAAUAUGACGAUGAGCACAGUCCUUCCAGUCCGACGCCAAAAUCAUUACCAAGAUCCGCGUCGGGAACAACGGUAUCUUCCCAGGGAACCCAGAGUGGAAAAACAAAAAAGCCAUUCUUCAAAAAGCAGCAAGAACAAUUCUCUCCUUAUGACGUUGUUCCUUCAAUGAGACCCAUUGUGUUACUUGGGCCUUCACUGAAAGGUUACGAGGUAAGAGUGAUCCCCAGUUCGAGCAAAAAUUGUGAACUGUUUAGGGCGAUUUUCAAUGGAGUGCCGAAGGUAACCCGAGAUUUUAUUGGUCUUGCCUCUCUUAUGGUUUGUGUUUGUUUUAUUGCAGGUCACAGACAUGAUGCAGAAAGCUUUGUAUGAUUACAUGAAGCACAAAUUCUCGGGAAGGUAAAGUUCUUCAACCGAGUACAUAGCUCUGAUCUUGUUAAUUUGAUUUAAAUUUUAGACCGAUUUUGUUGGCGGUAUAAUCUUUUGUUGUUUCAUUGUCCGUCCUCCUAGAGUUUUCCUCUGGUUUUUCCAAUUUUCUCCGUUAAUUAAUAAACGCAAGGCACUUUAGAAUUUCUCACUCAUACUUCAAUUAAUUCGUUGAUGAGUAACUUGAAAUGUGAUUUUGUAGUCAGUGUGAUAAUAAGGAUAAUGAUUUUUAUGAUACCUACUUAUUGUUCUUGAAUCAUAACUUAAAAAUCCUUCGCACUUAAACCAAAGCAGAACUCUUAAUACGCUUUUCGUCUUGAUUUUUCAGAAUAACAAUAUCACGUGUCAAUGCUGAUAUAACCUUGGCCAAAAGGUCGACUCUAUCGAACCCAAGCAAGAGUAAGCUUAUGGAAAGACCAAACAGUAAAGCUUCAGGACUUGGUAAGUUAUCCUCGUUUUCUGCUCUCUAACUGCCUUUCGUUUGAAAACUGAAUCAUUCCCCAAGUCGCCACUGCUUAAACAACAGGGAGUUAGAGACGUCACUACGGCGACGUGUGUUAAAACGUUUCCGGAAAAAUGUAAUUUAUUUUCCUCGAACGGCGUCUAAGAAAUGAGAAAGUUUUGAAGCACACGUGUUUCGCUAUUGAUCAGCUCAUUAGAUCUAUUUUUUUGCUACGUUCUCGUUUCCGUCGCCGUCCUUGUUUUCAUAAAGUUCCUAAUUUCAUUGGUUUGUAAACCCUCCCUUUGGAAGCGGAUCCAGAGGGAGUUUCCAGGGGACAGGGCCCCUCCCCUACAGACCUGCGGAGCUUGCAACGUCAGGAUUUCACAUAACUAAUCAACUAGUUGAUUUUUUUGUAUAACGAUACAUGUGACCGCGAAGAGGAAUAGGAAGUGGAGGUGAUGUUUUUACUGUAAAUUUGUUGAAGGCUGGAAUAGGCUUGGUUGGUGUGGUGCAGUGUGAUAUGUGGUCUCGACUUUCUUUUUGCGAAGUAAAGCUUUUAAGGGCUCAGAUUACCAUAAUUUACUCAAUUUUCUAUUUGUUGUUGUUGUUUAUUCUUUCAGCUGAAGUACAGGUUGAGAUUGAAAAGAUAUUCGAAUUGGCUCGCGGGCUCAACUUGGUCGUGUUAGAUUGUGAAACUAUUAACCAUCCAACUCAGCUCUUCAAGACAUCAUUAGCUCCUCUUCUUGUUUACAUCAAAAUUAACUCCCUCAAGGUAAGAACAGUUUAGUCUCUUAUUAAAAAUGAAUUUAAUUUUUAAUUAUAAUAGGGGCGUGAGAGCUUAAGUGGAAACUAAACGUGACGUAAUCACAACAACCAAUUAGAGCCAAGCUUAACAUCACAGGGAACCCAUAAGAAUUUAAAGUAAACACGUGAACGGUGAAAUGCGCGGGAAAAUGGAGUAAGCAAGUCACGGUUGGUUUGAGUCUUGCAUCUGAUUGGUGGAAAACGUGGCGCGAGUUUGAUUGACCAACCAUAGGGCGUAGUGUACUAAGACUACUAAUAGUGAUCCUGACUAGAAAUAACUAUUUUUUUCCCACAUGAUGCGAAAAUGUCUUUGAAUCAUUUGCCUGCUGGUUAUACCUCUGCCUGCUGAUAUAACGACGACUGUCUAUUUCCGAAAAUGUUUCCAACCUUAAUCCGUUGUUAGUCAGGUGCUCUCUUUUUACAGGCGGUAAUUGUUAACCUUUCAAACGCUAAGAGUGACCAGCAUCUAAUUUCUCCUUACAAUAUCACCCCUGAAUCAUGCAGUAAGGUCAUGAGAUUAAAGAAAAUUAUCAGCAGCUAAAGAAAUUGUUGAUUGUUAAACAAAUUCUCCUUGUCAGCAACUUAGGGAUUGUAUGGGGAACAGUUUGAAGAAUACCUUUACUGAUGUUAGGGGGUUAAGGGUUGAUAUUUACCGCCUGUAGUACCUCUUGUUACCGUACCGCCUAAAAUCGCUUGGAAUUUAUUGAAAUUGAAUAGCCUAAAAGAAUCCCUUACCAAUUAGGAAGUUUCCUUUACUUGUUGUGCUUAAAAUUAAGAGUGAGUACUGUUUGUUAUUGCCAAUAAUUACACUGUUUAUAUUUAAACAGGUCUUGCAAAGGCUCAUAAAAACGCGAGGCAAGUCUCAGUCUCGGAAUCUCAACGUUCAAUUAGUGGCAGCCGAAAAAUUAGCACAGUGUGGCGAUGUAAGUAUACCUUUGUUUUUUCCCUUGUUUUAUCUGGUGGUCAAAACCUCCCGGCGACUUUUUCUGUACCACUUCAGUCUGUGCAAUUUAGGAAAUACGGGCGCUAGUAUGGAUGUUACCAUUUUUUGUGUAAAACUUCGCAGAACGAUGAAUGUCAGUUUGCUUAUAGUAAUUCAGGGUUAAAAUUAAGUAGCGGUUACUGAACUCGUUUUCAGUCACAGGCACAUAAAACUACAAUUAAGGGUUUAUUUAAGAGGCUGUAUUGUUGCUAUGGUAACCUUAGAAGUCAGGAAAAUGAAAUAGAAUGUUGGAUAAGAAUUUUGGGAUACUCUCUUCAACAGGAGAGUCGAGAGGGUGGAAAAGUUUUAAUCCAAUAAAUAAGGAGCGUUUGAAAUUAGUUAAAUCAUUCUGAAUCACCUCAAAGAUAAUCAGCUAACAUUUUUUUGCGCAUUGUGUUUUUUUUCCUUGAAGGAAUCUUAUGACCUUGUCUUGGAUGAAGCACAACUCGACGAUGCUUGCGAUCACCUGGGCGAGUUCCUUGAGAGUUACUGGCGGGCGACACAUCCGCCGAAUCAACCUGGCAGCAGGCUGCCGAAUGUCCAAGCGUCCCCAUCAAGUCAACAGUAUCACCCUGUGGACUCUAACGAAAGACCGAGUGUCUACCUGUGACAUCUCCCAUGUUGCCUUUCGGUGCAACUCUAUUUUGCCCAAGCACGAUUGGACAGAAUUUUCUACCCAUGUUGCAUGUCGUGCAAAUGAGCCUCUGUUUAUUCAUGGCCGUUGGGGGAAAAAAUCUGUUAGUCCAUUGAAAAUUGAGACAUUUCACAGUACGGACCAAGGAAAAACUCAUGGCGAAAACAUUGUUCAUGUGUACAGUGAAUGAGUUGUACCUGGUUCAGUCGCAAUUAUGGGGUCAAGAGACUCUUGGUGAGACUUACAUGUACACUGAAUUACGUUGAGGUGAUGAGGCAAAUUUCGUUAUAUUCCCGCUGCUUUGCUUUGAGAAGGAUGGGUGGAGCGAGCCUGGAAACGAAAUACAUCGUAACAAUGCAAGUGCCAAGUAUUUAAGUCAUUUCUUGAUCGUAAGUGAACAAAGCCGUAGUAGAAUACUUUAGAUAGAAAAUAGUCUUGACAAAUUUCUGUAGAAAAUUGCCGCCAGUGAUGCAGCAAAGUAAGUUGUAGCUCUUCAAGGGGUGAAAUGGCCGGUGAAAUUAGCCGUGUUGAUAUGCAUCAAGUUGUUGUGCUUCGUUUUCAACCUGUAUCAGUAGGGUUACAGUCCUACGCCUUCUGCUACAAAACACCAUCACCUGCCCCUCCCUAGAAUUUUUCUUUAUCGUCAAGCUAGUUAAGACGUGAGAGGCCCCCUUCCUAGGGCACACGUUGUCUUCCUCCCCAGUGGCUGGGAAGAAGAGAGAGGCCUUGGGAAUGAGGUUGAGAUGUUAGACUGUUAUAUCUUAUUCGUCUCUUUGAAUGUAAAAUUCCGCUUCCGCUGGCUUUUGCUUUAUCGUUGUUUUUAACAGCGGUAGUGGCGAGUGCGUUUUGCUGUCGGCUAAGAAAUAGUGCUUGUUGUGAUGUGUGCUUGAAGAUUCGAGGCUCUUUGUCAGAACAACGAUGGUAAUUUUGGAAGCUUUUAAGGCUUUGACAGAUUUCACACCUCAACGAAAUCCUUUUAAAUACACUGGCCCAGGUAGAGGAAAGCCUAACAUUUUGUAAAGUAUAUUGCAAUAUUUGCGUCGAAAUUGCGACUUUUCUCCUCCCUUUAUUAGGAAAGCGUUCCUCGAUGUAGUUGAGCAGUAGUUGGGAAGAAAUAUCAAUUAUUUAGUGAAAAAAGAAACAUAUCUGGCUGAGAGCCAUGUUAUCAGUACAGUAUAAGCUAUUUUAUAUUGUUUUAAGAAAGCAAUGUGAUACCCAACCUACUUAAAAAUGAAAUUUGCACUUAUUUGUUUUUUUGUAACAUAGCGUUUUUCGAUGCGAAAAUAUCAUCGCAUUUUUUAUAACUAGCGGAAAUUUAGUGAGAAGUAAGAAAUUGAUAAAGAGCUUAAGGCAGAGACUGGUCCGAAGUAUGUAGCUUUUCUUCUGUGUUGUGUAUGCCUCGUUUCGUGGAGAAUUAUAAAUUGGCCGCCUAAUCGUUUUUUCAGUUUAAGCAAUUCAUUCUUUCAUUCUUUUUAUCAAAUUGAGAUUUAAUACCUCUCUAUCACUGCCUGGUUUUGCUGCUAAGUCAAUUGCUCUAGGUAGUAGUGUCAGGGGUGGGUAUGUUAAUCAAUCAGGGAGCCCUACUUCGCGCAUGUGAUCAAAACAGACCAAUCACGAUGUCUUGUUUUCGCGAAGAACGUAUUCUUAUUUGUUCCCUUUGAUCACAUGUGCCAAGUAGGGCUCUGUGGUUGGCUAUUUCUGUAUUCACCAUCUACAUUGUUUCGAUUAUUACAAAAGGUGCCUGGCUGAUUUGUCAUCAUCGUGUUAUUCGCAAUUGAUUAAUUCUAAUUUUCCAAUUACAAACCUAAGGGGUUUCUUUUUUUUAAAGGGAAAUUGCUUCGUGCGGGUGUUAAUUGUAUAGCGGCUUUAGUUAGAAAUUAUGCUUGACGAUAAAGUUAUUUUUAAAAGAAUUGCCAAAUGUGGGAAAGCAUGGCUUAUUGUACAGGUAUAUAUGUGGAAAAACGCAAUGAAAGCUGGGCUUUUUAAAUUGGAAUGUCGAGGAAUGCGUGAAAGUAUUCCUCUGGUUGGAAAUUGUCUAUCACUGCACCUCUGUAUAUUUAGGUCAGUAAUUAUUGUCAGCCACUGUUAGUUUUUAUAAUCGCGGGAGCAAGUUCUACUUUGAAAGUUGACUUCCUUUAAAGUGAAUCUUUUCCCAGUUUUGAUCUCGAUAACGCUAAAGUAUCUAUGUUUUCAGGUUUUCUGUUAUAGACUAUGAUAAACAGAAGGAAAUAAAGAUGGUCGGAAUUGGGAUUACGGUAUUCCCUCUCGUUGUAAGAAAGAGGCAUUAUUUAAAUGAGAAUUCUUAGCGAAAUUAGCCAAUGUAGACGUUUUUCCUCUCACGGAUUAUCGCGGAGGCGAAACGGAGCUUUGAGGAAAGAACUGUCCAAUUUGCGUUAUUCUUUCCAAGGUUAUUAGAAUUUUUACGUAAGCCAUAAGUUGCCAAUAAGCUUUUCUGUUCUAUUUGUAAUGUAUUUUCGGUAUCUUUUUUCGGGAUUGUCCUGAAAGAUGUAAGAUCUCUUGUAACCAUCAAUUUCAAAGAUUUGAAGCGGCCUAGUUAUUACUUAAGCAAAGAUUAACAAACCGAAAGGUAUUGAUAGCGAAUGCGGAUAUGUUAAGUAUAGGGCCUCGCUGCGCGCUGCGAGCUCCGCUUUUAUUACGAGGUGUGAAUAUUUUCCUGUCAUAUAACUUAGUAGUGUCAUGAGUAUCAAUACCAAUUCAAGGUUCGUUUGCUUCGACCAUUGAAAGAAUCUUUGAUAUGAGAUUUCGCUCUUUUUCAUGCUUUUUUAUUUACAUUUUUUUCUUGUUCUUGUGAUGUUCUAGUCUUCAUCACUGGUUUAAGCUACCAUUAAUCGCGUUUUUAUUACCAGCAGUGGAUACAGUACUGCUUAUAACAGUACUUACUGUGAAUUUUAUUUCUUGGUGUUCUCUUAAAGAUUUAUGUUGUAGGUCCGCUGUAGUAUUAUCUUCAUAGUAGUAUCUCCAUAUGAACCCUCUGACUCUGAUGAUCUGAUUUUUACCUCUCAAUAGUAGCUGCUAUACAUUUUGUCGUAUAUCAGUUGAAAGAAUUUGACGUUGGAUCAAAACACUACUUGAUACAACCGCCGAGACUCACCAUUUGAUUGCUACAUAAUUUAUUGAAAUUUUGGAAUGGAGAGAUACGUUUUAAAAUCACUUUUCGGAGUUAAAGGGUUAAAAUUAGUUUUAGAUCUAGAAACUCGGUACUUCAAUGCCAGCUUUGACUUUUAUCAUUAACCAGGAUUACCUAGAAUGGAUAACUCCUAUCAGUUUGUAAUAUUUAAAUGCAGCUCAUUUCCUUGGAAAGCUGGUCAUUGGAGUGUCCGAUUUUUUUGUUAGAGUUAGGAUUGGUCACUAGAUUAUUUUACUGAUUAUUUUAUAUUAAUGCUCUGCCUCGUUAUGAAGCAAUUUGGUCCUCUAUGGCAAAGUGCAAUGCUCAUCAGUGAUUUGUAAAUAAAUUUUCAAC